AACAGGUCACUUAUUAGUCUACUUGAAGCAACAGGAGAGAACGCACACACAUCGUCCUGUGGUCCAAUAUUACUCACUGUGUAUCUGAGUGAUUUCGUAUAAACGCACAAAAUGUUUCAGCAUAAAAGAUUCAGCUGCGUGGGUCUGUGCGUUGUUGCUGUGACGAUGACGGCGAUCACACGAGCAGCGCCACAGACCCAGCCGCGAGAGCAGUGCCCCCUCCGCCAAGAAUUAGUGCUUGAAGAAAACGGGCGUCGGCUGGUGGUGGUGCCCGUCCUCGGGGGUAUGGGCGCCGCCGCCGCCCGGACCUCGUGCCUCGCCCACUCCUCCUCGCCGCUCUUCCUCAACUCUCAGGAAGACGCUGAUAUUUUGCACAGACUCCUCAAGGACUGCGUGAAGGCCAGGCGCAUGUCGAGCGUGUGGGUUCCUGCCCGGCGCCACGUCCAGCACAAGCGCAUCCACAGGCCCGUGGCCGAGGCUCCGGUAGCAAGUUCGGGACACGUUGAGUACGACUGGAUGAGCGCUCACUACAACCGCACUUCAGACGACAUUGUGCUUCUGCCGUUCCCCAAGGAGAUUAAUGAGAGAAAGGGGAUUAUCUGCGUCAGGAGGGAUUAGGGAUUAUGGGUGAUUUAUUUUUCUUAUUUGUUAAUUUUUGUUUUAAUUUGUUUGUUUCCUGUUUUGUUCGUCUUUCACCUGGUCAUGCAUUUGAGUGGAUGUACAUAUAUGAUGUGUUGGCAGGUUAUAGUGAUUUUUUGUAUAUAUGUAUUUGUGUUGAACUAUUUCGGUAUGCUUGUUGAGCUACAAAAGAAAAUAAGCAACCAUAUAAGCAACGUGUGUGUGCGUUUAUGUGUGCAUCAGAAUAGACGCCAAAUAUCGUUCUACUUGUAUAUUCAUACACACACACACACACACACACACACACACACACACACACACACACACACACACACACACACACACACACACACACACACACACACACACACACACACACACACGCAUACGCACGCACGCACGCACGCGCGCGUGCGUGUGUGUGUGUGUGUGCGUGUUUAUAGUCUAAGUAUUUGUGUAUGAUAUACGUAUUUCAUACGUGUAAUUAUCUUACAAGACAAAGAAACAAAAAUAAUUAUGUGAAUCAAAAAAAAAAGAAGAUACUUUUUUUUAGAAAUAUUUUUCAUAGAAAUAUCAUAUAUACUGUAUUUACUUUUAUCUUUACAUUAUUCUUAUGUAACUCAAGUUUUCGCUUUUGUCCAUAACUUUUUGCAAUAUAUGUUAGUCAGUAUUCAUUUGUUCUGUCAUAUAUAUGUUCGUAAUACAUCCACCCUACCAAGAGCGAAUCGGCGUGUGCAAAUUGCAAACCGAAGCGGAAUAAAACUAAGGAAAGAAACGCAAUAUAAAACAAAUAAGAAGGCGCAAAAACCAACAAGAGCGCCAAAAAUAACAACAGCAACAA